AUGAUGAUGAUAAUGGGGAGAAGGUGUGAAGACUGUGGGAAUCAAGCCAAGAAAGAGUGUGUGUAUAUGAGAUGCAGAACUUGCUGCAAAACAAAAUCCUUUCAUUGCCAAACUCACAUCAAGAGCACUUGGGUUCCUGCCUACAGAAGAUCCCAAAAACAACAAUUGCAAACGCAAACGCAACCGCAUCAGAAAGGGCUCGCUACGAUUAACCCUAAACGUCUCAGAGAACAACACCCAUCUUCGUCCCCUUCAUCAUUAGGUGUAAGAAUCCACACUAGUACAAGACAUUUUCCAGCGGAGUUGAGUUCCCUAGCCGAUUUUCGAUGCGUAAAGGUGAGUUCAAUCGACGACGGAAAAGAACAAUACGCUUAUCAGACGACGGUGAACAUUGGAGGACACGUUUUCAGAGGCAUUCGUCACGAUCAAGGCCUUGAGAGAGUGGUGGUUGAUCAUCAAUCUACUCAUCAUCUUCAUAAUAAGCAUCAUGAUCAAGGAUUACUACCUCCUUCAAGUUCGCCAUGUCCCUUGAUGAUAACUAGUCCUUUUACUGAUUUCAUGUCCGGUACCCGAUUUUCUCCUAAUCAAAAGUCUUAA